AUGAUAAAGCUUGGUAUUAUUUUUAUUGCAUUUAGAUAUGAAAGAGAAUUGCAUCCUACUCGUUGGAGUAGUAUACGUAAUGGUGCAAUAUUCGGAAUUUUUAUUGGAUGGCUUUCUCUGACAACCUAUUUGGUUUAUGCAAUUGCUUUUAUCUUUGGUUCUCUUCUUAUGUCAAACGAAGAUCAUCAUAGAUUAACUAUUAGUGAUAUUCUUAUCGUUGUCUCCGUCUUCUCACAAGGUUUUGCUUUCUUCGGUUUUCUUGGUCCUUUCUUUCAAUCGUUGGCAGAAGCUCGAGGUGCAGCAGCAUCAGUGUUUCGACUUAUUGAUGAGGGAAAAGACGAGAGUAUCAAUGAAAAAGAAGUAUGGCAAGAGGAUACAGAAGCGAUUUAUAAUAUCAAUGGUGAUAUUGAAUUUGACACUGUCAAUUUUAUUUAUCCAUCUCGUAAAGAAACACCAGUUCUGCGUAAUCUCUCUCUUAUUGCUCGUGCUGGUCAGAUAACUGCUCUCGUAGGUUUAAGCGGCUGUGGAAAGAGUACAUGUAUAUCACUGUUUCUUCGUUACUAUGAACCUUCAUCCGGUCGCAUAACGAUCAAUGGUCGGCCGAUAACCGAUCAUAAUGUCAAACAACUUCGACAACAUGUUGGAGUUGUUAGUCAAGAACCCAUUCUGUUUGGUAUGAGUAUUUAUGAAAAUAUUCGUUUUGGUAAAUUAAAUGCAACACGAGCAGAAAUUGAACAAGCAGCACAAGAAGCAAAUGCACAUAAUUUCAUCAUGCAAUUACCAGAUAAAUACGCAACACUUGUUGGCGAACGUGGUAUACAGUUGAGUGGUGGUGAAAAACAACGUAUUGCACUAGCUCGUGCUCUUGUCAAACAGCCUACAUUCCUUUUACUGGAUGAAGCAACAAGUGCACUUGAUAGUGUUAGCGAAAAAAUUGUUCAAGAAGCGCUCGAUCGAGCAUGCAAAGGUCGUACAACUGUUAUAAUUGCUCAUCGUUUGACUACAAUUCAAAAUGCUGAUCAAAUAUAUGUAUUAGAUAAUGGAAGUGUGAUUGAGCAAGGUACACAUGACACAUUGAUGACAAGAGAAGGAGGCAAAUAUCAAGCAAUGGUCAAAUGUCAAAAAAUGGAAAGAAUCGAUAAUGAUAAUGAUGACAUGAUGAGCAUACAAAUAGCAAGAGAAGAAGAUGAAAAGUUGAUAUGUAUGUUAAUAUUUUACUAG